AUGGAGGGAAGGAAGACAAGUACAGAGGGAAGGGAGACAAGCACAGAGGAAAGGGAGACACGGAGGGAAGGGAGACAAGCACGGAGGAGACAAGCACGGAGGGAAAGGGGACAAGCAUGGGAGAGACAAUCACGGAGGGAAGGGAGACAAGCACAGAGGAGACAAGCACAGAGGAAAGGGAAACACGGAGGGAAGGGAGACAAGCACAGAGUGAAGGGAGACAAGCACAGAGGGAGACAAGCACAGAGGAAAGGGAGACACGGAGGGAAGGGAGACAAGCACGGAGGAGACAAGCACGGAGGGAAAGGGGACAAGCAUGGGAGAGACAAUCAUGGAGGGAUGGGAGACAAGCACAGAGGAGACAAUCACAGAGGAAAGGGAGACACGGAGGGAAGGGAGACAAGCACAGAGGGAAGGGAGACAAGCACAGAGGGAGACUAG